AUGCUAAAAUUAGCAAACAUCGGCACUUGUGCUUUCCUGCUGCUCGCUGUUUUUCUUGUUUGUCAAUCAGAACAAUCUGCGAACGCGAGUGGUUUCUUUUCCGAAUGUGAGGGACGGUGGUUGGAAUGGAGUGACUGGACGAAAUGUAGUGAUGAAUGCGGCGCAUGCGGAAAAGCAAUGCGUGUCCGAAGCUGCCUCAGUCCGUACCAGCACUGUUCAUGCAAAGGGUUAGUUUUUGCCUUAUCCGUAUGUAAUAUGGAAGUAUGUCGACAUCCACGUCCUCCGUGCUGUCACCCACACAAAGUUGUAACUCUAUUUGGCACUUUUGUUUGCUUUUAA